AGGACUCGCCAGGAUGACGGAGGGGCCGAAGAAAACCAGCAAAAAGUUCAAAUUCUUCAAGUUCAAAGGCUUUGGGAGUCUCUCCAACAUUUCUCGGUCCCUCACUCUGAGACGGUCCUCCACCUUCGUAAGUACUCAAUCCCAUCUGGAGCACACCUUCGAAGCCACCCAAGAUGACCUGGUGACAAUUCCCAAGAGCCCUCCGGCCUAUGCCCGCUCAAGUGACAUGUACAGCCACAUGGGCACCAUGCCUCGUCCCACUGUCAAGAGGGCUCAAGACCGACAGGCCGCCCGGAAGGCCCGGCAGGAGUCCAAGCCUCACCUGGCAUCCAGAAGUCUACCAGAACCCCCAGGUUUGGAGGCAGCCAAGAAGGAGGUGGUGCAGGCCGAUGUCCCCCUGGAAGAUGACACCCUAACAGUGGGCCCCCCGCCUCCAGCAGUGGAGGCAGACCCCACGAGAAAGCCUGAGGAUCCUAGCGUACACAUGGCAGAGGAGAGGCCUUCCAGGGAUAUGCCCUUAGAAAGGGCUGCUGGGGAGCCAGAGGCCGGCGGGGACUAUGUGAAGUUCUCCAAGGAGAAGUACAUUCUGGACUCCUCACCAGAGAAACUGCACAAGGAGUUGGAGGAGGAACUCAAACUCAGCAGUACAGACCUCCGCAGCCAUGCCUGGUACCAUGGCCGAAUCCCCCGGGAGGUCUCCGAGACCCUGGUGCAGCGCAAUGGUGACUUCCUCAUCCGGGAUUCGCUCACCAGCCUGGGCGACUACGUGCUCACGUGCCGGUGGCGCAACCAGGCCCUGCACUUCAAGAUCAACAAGGUGGUGGUGAAGGCCGGUGAGAGCUACACCCACAUCCAGUACCUGUUCGAGCAGGAGAGCUUCGACCACGUGCCUGCCCUGGUGCGUUACCACGUGGGGAGCCGCAAGGCCGUGUCGGAGCAGAGCGGCGCCAUCAUCUACUGCCCGGUCAACCGGACCUUCCCCCUGCGCUACCUGGAGGCCAGCUACGGCCUGAGCCAGGGCGGUGGCAAGGCAGGCAGCCCCGCCAGCCCCUCGGGGGCCAAAGGUAGCCACAUGAAGCGACGCAGCGUCACCAUGACCGAUGGGCUCACCACGGACAAGCUCACCCGUGGUGACAGCUGCCCCACCAGCACGUCACUGCCCCACCCCCGGGGGGAAUCCAUCCGCAACUGUGCCCUCAGCAUGGACCAGAUCCCAGACCUGCACUCGCCCAUGUCCCCCAUCUCCGAGAGUCCCAGCUCCCCUGCCUACAGCACUGUGACCCGUGUCCAUGCCACUCCCGUGGCCCCCUCUGCCACAGCACUGCCUGCCUCCCCAGUCACCCGCCGCUCCAGCGAGCCCCAGCUGUGCCCUGGAAGUGCCCCAAAGCCUCAUGGGGAGUUGGACAAGGGCCCCCAUGCCAGCCCCUCCCACAGCCUCUGCAAGGCUUCCCCAUCGCCAUCACUCAGCAGCUACAGCGACCCGGACUCUGGCCAUUACUGCCAACUCCAGCCGCCCAGCCAGGGGAGCCGGGAGUGGGCAACGGUGGAGGGCUCCAGCCGGCAGGCCCGGAGCUAUGGAGAGAAGCUGAAGGACCUGUCAGAAAAUGGGGCCCCUGAAGGGGACUGGGGAAGGACCUUCACAGCCCCUGUAGUGGAAGCCACAUCUUCCUUCAACCCAGCCACCUUCCAGUCCCUUCUGAUCCCCAAGGACAACCGGCCACUGGAGGUGGGCCUCCUUCGCAAGGUCAAGGAGCUGCUAGCAGAGGUGGACGCCCGGACACUGGCCCGGCAUGUCACCAAGGUGGACUGCCUGGUUGCUAGGAUACUGGGCGUUACCAAGGAGAUGCAGACCCUAAUGGGUGUCCGCUGGGGCAUGGAGCUGCUCACCCUCCCCCACGGCCGGCAGCUACGCUUAGACCUGCUGGAAAGGUUCCACACCAUGUCCAUCAUGCUGGCCGUGGACAUCCUGGGCUGCACGGGCUCGGCGGAGGAGCGGGCGGCGCUGCUGCACAAGACCAUCCAGUUGGCGGCCGAGCUGCGGGGGACCAUGGGCAACAUGUUCAGCUUCGCUGCCGUCAUGGGCGCUCUGGACAUGGUCCAGAUCACCCGGCUGGAGCAGACCUGGGUGACCCUGCGGCAGCGCCACACAGAGGGCGCCAUCCUGUAUGAGAAGAAGCUCAAGCCGUUCCUCAAAAGCCUCAACGAGGGCAAAGAAGGCCCUCCGCUGAGCAACACCACGGUUCCCCACGUGCUUCCCCUCCUCACCCUCCUGGAGUGGGACUCCGCCCCCGCGGAGGGGCCUGAGCCCUGGGGCAGCACCGAGCACGGCGUGGAGGUGGUGCUGGCGCAUCUAGAGGCUGCCCGCACGGUGGCGCAUCACGGAGGCCUGUAUCACACCAACGCUGAGGUCAAGCUGCAGGGGUUCCAAGCCCGGCCGGAGCUCCUGGAGAUCUUCAGCACCGAGUUCCAGAUGCGCCUCCUCUGGGGCAGCCAGGGCGCCAGCAGCAGCCAGGCCCGGCGCUAUGAGAAGUUCGACAAGGUGCUCUCAGCCUUGUCCCACAGACUGGAGCCUGCCAUCCGCUCCAGCGAGCUGUGACCUCCAGGGACCUCCCUGCUCUGCAGCUGCGGGCAGCAUCAGGGGCAGAGAGGGGCACUGACUUUCACAGCAUCCCUCAGGACACUGACCAGUGUGACUGGGUUCAAUUUCAAGGUCCCCCUUGCUCCCCCAGGGCCCUGCAUGGAUGCUGGGCUCUGUUCCACCUGCUACAAAGCUCAUCGCGUCUUCCUCCAGGAAGAACCAGAGUCUCCGAUCCUCCCAGCAGCCUCUGCUUCACUUCCUGCCCAAGUUCCCUUCACUGAGCCAUGUGAGGCUCCACGCCUCCUCAUACCUCUCCAGGCACCUGCUCCCUCAACCAUCCCACUGCCACCAGGGCCUCCAUCAUGCUGUAAAUAACUUGUUCUGUAAAUAAGCUGUACAGAAGCCAUGUUUUUUCUUUCGUAUAAUAAACUUUUAUGACUCUU